AUGGCCCUGUUGGCUCACUCUAAAGCCCGCCUUGGCGUGCGUGCUGCCAGCAGCAACCGGUUCGUCGUGGCCCGCGCGGCGACCAUGCAGAAGCAGCCUUCCAUGAACGGCCUGGGUGGCAAGGCCACCACUGUGGAGAUGCCUCCCAUAACCCUGACCCGCCCUGACCUGGACACGCCCGACACCAUGCGCUUCCGCUUUGAGAAGAUGAUCCGCGGCGCCCAGGACUCCAUCUGCGCCGCGAUCGAGGAGAUCGACGGCACCAAGUUCCGCCAGGACGCCUGGGUGCGCCAGGAGGGCGGCGGCGGCAUCACGCGCGUCCUGCAGGACGGCAACGUGUGGGAAAAGGCGGGCAUCGCCGUGAGUGUGGUGUACGGCUCCAUGCCCCCAGAGGCGUACCGCGCCGCCAGCGGCAACCCCGACCUGAUGAAGCAGGUCAAGGACUCGGGGGACACCAGCCGUGUGCCGUUCUUCGCGGCGGGCAUCAGCAGCGUGAUGCACCCCAAGAACCCGCACUGCCCGACCAUGCAUUUCAACUACAGGUACUUUGAGACGGAGGCCUGGAACGGUAUCCCCGGGCAGUGGUGGUUUGGCGGCGGCACCGACAUCACCCCCAACUGGAUCGUGGAGGAGGACAUGCGCCACUUCCACGGCACCUACAAGGAGGUGUGCGACCGUCAUGACCCAGAGUACUACCCCAAGUUCAAGAAGUGGCGCCCAUUGUGCACGACAGAGGCCAACACUCCUUGGUGGGGGAUGGCUCUAGAGGUCGUGCUGCCGACGGCUUGCAAGGCCUGA